GUUAUUUGCCGGCAGGUCGAUCGAUGCUCUCCCAGGUUGGUGGUAUAUAUAAUGAACAGCUUUUACCUCCUCGCGAAACGGACUAUGUGAUAUAUUCCCGAACAGGGUUUUCUUUUUCUUUUUCUUUUCUUUUUUUUUUUUCCACAACAGCUUUCUGGCUUUAGUUCCGUCGUGCAACUGUUAAGAUGUCUUCGACCGUCAUCCUUGGGGCGGGUAUCAUCGGUGUUUCGACGGCCUACUACCUCUCCCAGCAUCAGGAUCCGACAAGCAUUCAACUGGUCGAGCCGUCACCGGAGCUCUUCUCCUCUGCAUCUGGCUACGCCGGCGGCUUCCUCGCCAAGGACUGGUUUGGACCCUCGUUGACAGCUCUCGGCGCCCUCAGCUUCAAUGAGCACCGCCGGCUUGCAGAGGAACACGGCGGACGCGAGAAGUGGGGUUACUCGCGGUCUACAUGCGUCAGCUACGCAGCAUCUGCCGCGGCGCGAGACUCGGGUUCGCGAGGCGACGACUGGCUACGUCACGGAACCAGCCGCGCCGACGCGGCCCCUGUGAUCCAGGACCCCUUGUCCGGAAACACGCCGGGGUGGCUGCGGAGGCUGGAAGGCGACCACAUCGAGCUCAUCAGCGACGAGGGUUCGACGGCGCAGCUCGAUCCCCUCUUGCUCUGCCAGUUCCUCUUGCAAGAAUGCCUCCAGCGCGGUGUGAAGCUUCAUCACCCGGCUAAGCCGGUCUCGGUGAGCACGGAUGCGAAGGGCGAGCUGGUCGGUAUUCGCAUCAUCGAUACCAAGCCGUCUGCUACGGAGACGGAGCUGCCCUGUGCGAGGCUGAUCAUCACGGCCGGUGCGUGGACGGGGCAGGUCUUCCAGACGUUGUUCCCCGAGUCGGAUCUGCAGGUCCCGAUCCAGAGCCUGGCCGGGCACUCGCUGGUCCUCAAGUCGCCGCGGUGGCAUACCGGACUGGAGAGCAAAGGCUGCCAUGCCGUCUUCGCCACGCACACACAGGGGUUCUGCCCAGAGAUGUUCUCGAGACUGGACGGGCACAUUUACUUCUCAGGGUUGAACUCAUCGACUCUGCCGCUUCCGGACGCAGCGGCGGGGAAGGCGACGCCAUACAAAGAGGACCUGGCUCAGCUGCGGCAGGCAGCAAGGGAGAUUCUUGGAACCGGGCCGGAGGCGGAAGACGACCUGGAGGUCGUGCGGGAGGGGCUGUGCUUCCGGCCGGUGACAGCGUGGGGGACGCCCAUCAUCUCGCGGAUACGGGAUGGAGACCUCGGUGCUGGUGUGGUGACGAGACCCGGGGCCGAGGGUGGCGUGUAUAUUGCCGCCGGCCACGGGCCGUGGGGUAUCGCGAUGAGUCUCGGCACGGGUAUCGUGCUGGCUGAGAUGGUGCAGGGACGGACGCUCAGUGUGGAUGUGAGCGGGCUAGCUCUUGACGGGAACAGGGCAAGGGAACUGUCUGCGAACUGAGCACAACCGGAUAUCCGCCAGUCUUCGCGUAAUGUGUCGAGUCAUCGUAAUUGAGGACUUUCAAACAGCCCCUUCGUCUCUUCCGAGAGUAUCACUACACUAGACUACCCGCAUGCACGGUGCGCAUCUCCAUCACAGGCACCACAGGACUCUGGAAUUCGGGUUCGGAUACCUGAGCGGGGCAGCAGUUUGCAUGUAGUGACCAAUCUGCUAUCCGGACAGCGAACGCAAGUGUUCCUCAUCACGCAAUCGUCAAGUCGAGACUAUUGAG